CGAAAAGUUUAACAACGGGUAUUGUAAUAAAAUAAACGUAGUAUAUAGUAUAUAGGGGGUAUUAUGGGAUUAGAUCAAUCGUAUUUAAAGGAUUCUGUUUGGAAACCAAACUUAUUUAAGGGGAAAGUUGUAUUUGUUACUGGAGGAGCAGGAACAAUAUGUCGCGUACAAACAGAAGCUAUGGUUUUAUUAGGAGCCAAUGCAGCAAUUAUUGGUAGAAAUAAAGAGAAAACUGAUCAAGCAGCUAUAGAGAUAGGUCAAUUAAGAAAAGAUGCUAAAGUAAUAUCAUGUUCAAAUAUUGAUGUUCGAAAAGUUGAAUCAUUAGUUGAAGCCGUUGAUAAGACUAUUAAACAAUUAGGUCGAAUUGAUUAUGUAAUUGCGGGAGCAGCAGGUAAUUUUUUAGCUGAUUUUAAUCAUUUAUCAACUAAUGCAUUUAAAUCAGUAGUUGAUAUUGAUUUAUUAGGAUCUUUUAAUACUGCCAAGGCAACAUUUAAUGAAUUAAGAAAGAAUAAAGGUGCUAUUAUAUUUAUUAGUGCAACUUUACAUUAUUAUGGAGUACCAUUUCAAAUUCAUGUAGGAGCUGCUAAAGCUGGAGUAGAUGCUUUAUCAAAUGCUUUAGCAGUUGAAUUAGGUCCAUUAGGUAUUCGAAGUAAUGUAAUUGCUCCCGGAUUAAUUGAUGAAACUGAAGGUAUGAAACGUUUAGUAACUCAAGAUCGUGAUCAAGUAAUAAAAAGAUUACCAUUACAAAGAAUUGCUACUACAAGAGAUGUAGCUGAUGCUACAGUAUAUUUAUUUUCAGAUGCAGGUUCUUAUAUAAGUGGAACAGUUCAAGUUGUCGAUGGAGCUUCUUGGCAUAUGGGAGCAUUAAAGACUGAUCAAUAUCCUGUAUUGAUUAAAGCCAAGAAUGAAGAACAAGUAACUAAAUUAUAAGUUCACUUUAAGUUAAGUUAGUAUAUGAAAAAUUUUAAUGAUCAAUGACAGUUGCAAAUUUUAUUAGUAGUGAGCAUAUAGCCCUUAGUUUUUCUUUUCCUCUCACUACGGUCGUGUGAAAUGGACGCGUUGUUCAAAAUACGAAAAAAUCAUCGAUCUUAUCGGUCCAGAAU